AUGUCGUCUACAACGAAGGCGUCCAGAAUUGGAGAAGAGACGAGGGUCGACAAGGUUAAUGCGGAAUUGGUGACGUUGACAUACGGAACGAUUGUCGCGCAACUGUGUCAAGACUAUGACUCAAAUUAUCAAGAAGUGAACAAGCAGUUGGAUAAGAUGGGAUACAAUAUCGGCAUGCGCCUCAUCGAGGACUUUCUGGCAAAGUCGGGGGUAGGGCGAUGCGCCAAUUUCCGGGAAACGGCCGACAUGAUCGCCAAGGUCGGAUUCAAGGUUUUCCUCAACGUCUCCCCGACCGUAACAAACUGGACGAGCGAUAACAACCAGUUUUCCCUGAUAUUCGACGAGAAUCCACUGGCGGACUUUGUUGAACUUCCGGAUGACGGGAGAGCACAGGAUGAGCUGUGGUUCUCGAAUAUCCUCUGCGGCGUGUUGCGAGGUGCAUUGGAGAUGGUGCAAAUGCAGGUUGAGGCGCACUUUGUCAGCGAUGUGUUGCGCGGGGACGAUACGACAGAGAUGAGGGUGUCCCUGGUGAGGUAUAUCGAGGAUGAAAUGCCACCCGAGGAAGAGUAA